GUGAUUUCAAUUGGUCAUUGGUAGUUGGAAUCUUUUCACACCAAAAUGGUCUGUGUUCUACCUAUCUCAGCCUGGCGUCGCUGCUGCUGCUUCGCGCUCUUUGUCUGUCUACUUAUAUACGCUUUCAUGGAUAUGAUUUUGGACCACUUCUACGAGGAGCGCCACUUAGCUGAGGCCUAUUUCGUAAAUUCAAUUGGUUGCCGCAUAUUGGCAAUGGCGCCGUUCACGUCUCAUGUUGUAGAAAACUGGAGUGAUCUACCAGAGGAUAAAUGUCCGGGUAUUCCGCUAUUCAUUGACUACAAUGACGAUGUGAACAAUUACUUGAAAAUGAACCACACUAUGGUGGAGGAGCUACCCCGCUUUAAUCUAAAUCUAUUAAAUCUGGAAUGUAAAUAUAAGGAAAUGGUGCGGAAUGGUGAUUGGGGAAACAAGGUGAUUAUUCAAAAGGAAUUUCUACCCCAUCCAAAUGUGACGCUGGUUUUUAAAUACGACAUUGUGUACGUGAGAUGUAAAGCUGGAAAUAUGACAGCCUAUAGCAGGGUUCACUAUUAUCUUAAGAAGCCCAAAAGCGGUACUUUAAUUACUCAAAGCACAUCAACUAAGGGAAUUCCCGAAAAUCAAUUUAAAACGAGCCGCCCACAGCCGACCCCAGCCCCCACACGUCGGUUGUCCGUUUUGGUUGUUGGAAUUGAUUCCAUUUCACAUAUGCAUUUUUUGCGCUCGAUGCCACGAACUAGGACUAUAUUGCGUUCCCUGCCGCAUGUGGAAUUCUGGGGCUACCAUCGUGUGGGUUUGAACAGUUUUCCCAAUCUGAUACCGUUUUUUUCUGGCCAAAGCGCGGAUGAAGUCACCGCUAACUGUUAUAAUAAGUUAGGAUUUGACGAUUGCCAUUUUAUUUGGAAGGACUUCAAGAAUUUUGGUUACCUAACUGCGUUUGGUGAGGAUUCUACUAACAUUGGGACAUUCAAUUACUUAAGACUUGGCUUCACACAUCAACCCACGGACUAUUAUCUUAGGCCGGCGAUGUUAGCAAUGUAUGCGAAAUCACUUACCCAUUUCGAUAAUGGAUAUUGCAAUGGACAGUUAACAUAUGCAGAAGAACUUUGGAAAUUUCUCAACAAACUAUUGCCGCAAAUGAAAGUCCAAGACUUUUUCACAUUUUUGUGGUGGACUCAAGGCGUCCAUGAUGUGUUUAAUUACGCAAAACUAUAUGAUGGCAAAUUCAUCGAGAUGUUGCAACAACUUAAUGCAAGUGGCAUAUUGGAGCAUACGAUGGUGAUCUUCAUGGCCGAUCAUGGACUCCGGUUUGGCACAUUUCGCCAAACCUAUCAGGGCAUGGUGGAGGAAAACCAACCGGUAUUAUUUACCUGUUAUCCAAAGUGGCUGGAGGAGACCUAUCCAUUGGCCAUGCACAAUUUGAAACUGAAUGCAAGACGACUGGUGACCACAUUCGAUCUUCAUGCCACUCUCAAGGACAUUCUCAAUCUGGAUAGUCUGUCCGAUGAGAAUGUACAAAAGCGGAUUUUAGACCUAAAUGCAUUGGGCUCAGAUAUUCCACGUGGCAUCAGCCUCUUCCUGCCCAUCCCCGACGAACGUAAUUGCACAACUGCCGAAAUAGUCGAAAAUUUCUGCACUUGCCAUAGCCUACGCAAAACCUCCACCAAAGACUCAAACGUGCAGCGUGCGGCACGCUUUAUGGUGCGAUCAAUUAACAAUAUAAUCAAACUUCAGACCAUGUGCGAGAAAGUUGUUUUGGAUUACGUGCUCAAUAGUUAUUUUUGGAGUCGCCCGAAUGAGGAGCUUGUAUAUGAAAUUAAGUUGAGCAUUCAAACAAAUCCCGGCAUGGCCAGAUUUGAAGGUACUGUGCGCUUUUCUGGCUAUUCAAUUGCAAUGGCCGGUCCCAUACAACGCAUUAACAAAUAUGGCAAUCAAUCGUAUUGCAUUCAAAACUAUCUCAUAGAAAUGUUUUGUUAUUGCAAAUAAAAUUAAAUAUGUUAAUAAAAUGAUUUAUGUGCGAAGA